UUUCAGUGGUUGAGCAAUUAAUUUAGAAUGCCAAUUUAUGAAUUUACAAUUUAUUUUAGGCCGAUGGUUAAGGAUUUGUUAGCUGAAUCAAUUAAGAAAAGCGCUUUAUGUUUAUUGAAUCAAGGAGGUGUAAUAAUGAAUAUGCAAAGUUUGGGAUAUAGGGACUUACCAAUGAGAGCGAUUACAAAGCGGACAAAGGAAAUUGUUUACACGACAAAUUCAAUGCUCUUCAACGUUUCCCUGCCAAAAAAUUUGAAGGUGCCAACUAUUGAGUUGCUCAGACAGGAUCCUGAUUUGCUCAAAGUUUAUGCUGUCGACACAAACGACUUCUCAGAACCUCCAGAAUCUUGUGAUUUAGAAUUUAUGCUCAAACCUCCAGCAUAUCGCCAAUCAGUAGAAAAUCUUCGUUUAAACAAGCAAAUGUCAUUUGUUGGUGCUUUCAAAAUUUAUAAGAAAACGGAGGCAGAAUAUCGAAAUAUUCCAAAAUCUUAUUUUAUUCCGCUUAGCAGACGUUGAGAGAAUUUGAAUUGUUUGAAUUUUUAAUUUUUUGAUAAAGGAAAAAAAUUUCAGGUUUAUUUU